CCAACAGAGACCAUGCAGGGUGGAGGCCACAGAAGCAACGAAAGUCACAAAUGGGCCAGAAGUGGGAAAAAAGUUGAGAUCCACUAGUCUACUGUACAUUUCUCUCAUAAACUUAUAAGCUCCAUCACAUCUCCUUUCAGCCUGUGCCACUCUAGCAAAAGCCCAAGUUUGUCCAAUCUAUUUUUAAAGCUCCUAUCCUAACACAGGAAGCAUCCCAAUGAAUUCCUUCUGCACCCACUCAAAGACCCACACCCUUCCUGUAAUGGGGAGACCAGAACCGCACACAAUAACGCAGCCUGUCCCCAGUUGUAUACAGCAGCAACGUGAAUUUCUAGCUUAGACUUAAUGGCUUGACCAAAGGCAUGCACGCGAAACACCUUCUUUAUCGCCAUGUCUACUCAUGCAGUCACCUUCAGGGAGCUGUGGACUUGGGCCCAAAGAUUCCCCCCCACCAGACCUUGAUGCUUUAUAAAGCUGCAGCACAACUUUCUGACUUGAACUCAGUAGUGCUUCAACCAAUAAAGGCAAGCCUGCAUUUAUCACUCUCACCUUCCUGACAGUCCAACAUAGGAGAUAUCUUCAUGAAACAAGCCAUUCAAACCAUCAAUUACUGUCUCAGUUGCAUUUCAACACAGCCUCUGGUGAGUCACUUCACAAAAUAAGCCAAUUUAACAUGAAAGUAAUAUUCAUAAACAGCAGCCCUGAACACCUGGAGGGAAAGAGGGCACACACACACAGGACUAAUUCUACUGAAUGGGGCCCGGAAGACAAAUACCAAGCCACAACCUGAACCUGCAGAUUUGAGGACACCACAAAUGGUGGAGCACAAACUUGAGGUGUUGGACUGAAAAUGAUUAAGUCACUGGGAGAUGGAUGCACACACAAGGGUAAGAGAUUUUAACAUUAAUACAUUGCUUAAUCAGGAAGCUGCAGUCUACAAACACAAGGCUGUGUGACUUGAUAUGAAUUGGGACACAAGUAAAAAUUUUGGAUGACUUCAAGUUUCUGUAGAAUGAGGACGGCGAGUCAAGGGUGCUUUAGAAUAAUUCUGUCCAAGAGCAAACAAUAGACAGGGGUGUGCAUCAAAUAAGCUGAGCCAAGCCUGGAUGAUCUAAUCUUUUGAUUUUAAUGAUAGUUUAGUUAGCAUUGUUAGAAGUGUUACAUGCUCACAAUUUGAACACGGGAGUGGGAUGAUAUAAUUGUCUCGUGACUGGCGGGGGGUGAUGUUAUGUCAUGCGAUGGCAUGUUCCAAACAGUAUUUAAACCAAGCCGUGGUCUGUGACACAGUUCUCAUUUUUAUGUUUGUGCAAUGUUGUUGUUGCCGGUCGAAGGUGGAGGCUCCACCUGUUUUAUUUGUUGCACGUUUAUUUUUCCCUUACUGUCCAGUAUCGUAGAGUGAAGGCAUUACCAGAGUUAUCUGAGUUCAAAGGAAUGGAUAAAGUUAAUGUUGUUCAAGGGAAUGAUAGACCUUCGUGACUUCAUUCGGGAAUUGUGGAAUGCACUUUUGAGUUAAACCCCUGCAAGAUCGGGUUGUGUGGUUGACUUAUCAGAGAUGGGAUUGCAGCAUUUUGAUACAGCUUCCCUAUGUCCAGCAAAUAUUUUCACCUUAAUUUUGGACAAGAACCAACUGACUAAAUUGGAAAAUGUGGAAAAAUGCAGCGAUUUAGUGCAAUUAUCUGCAGCUAACAAUCGUCUAGUCCGGAUGAUUGGUAUAGCAAAGCUUGUCAAUUUGCGAGUUUUAAAUUUGCCUAAUAACAGCAUUGGAAAUAUUGAAGGUCUCAAGGACUUGAUCCAUCUAGAAUGGCUUAACUUAGCAGGGAACAACAUCAAGACUGUGGAUGCUGUGAAUAGUUGUUUAUGUCUUCGGCAUUUGGACUUAUCAGACAACAAUAUUUCCCUGAUUGGUGACCUAUCAAAACUACUGUUUCUAAAGGUUUUACUUUUGCAUGGAAAUACUAUCACUACACUCCGUUCUGCUUCCAGUCACCUUCCUUCAGAGUUAAACAUUCUAUCCCUUGCAGAGAAUGAAAUAAGAGAUCUGAAUGAGGUUUCCUACCUGGGGUUCCUUCAUGAACUGGAGCAGCUGUCAAUCAUGAAUAAUCCUUGUGUCAUGGCAACACCUUCCCUUCCUGGAUUUGACUACAGACCUUAUAUUGUCAGUUGGUGUUUAACCCUACGGAUUCUAGAUGGUUAUGUAAUCUCACAGAAAGAAAGCCUCAAAGCAGAGUGGCUAUACAGUCAAGGGAAAGGUCGAUCAUUUCGACCAGGCCAACAUGUGCAGCUAGUCCAAUAUUUGGCUUCGGUUUGUCCUCUCUCAUCAACUCCAGCACUGCAAUCUGCAGAGGAUGCUAAACUUGAAAAAAUUCUUAAUAAGCAGAGGCUUCACCAACUAGAAUUGAUGGAAAAGUUCCAGAACAACAACCAUAUUCCAUGUUCAAGUCCCAAUUUGGAGCUGUCAUUGUCAGGCGAAAAUGGCAGUCCAACACAAAGUCACUCUGUCUGUAACGUGAAAGAACCUGUAAUUCGCAUUAACUCAUGGGUUGCAGUGGGUGGCCAUGGACAGCAACACAAAGCAAUUAAGCAAGUCUCACCAAUUCCUGGAGAGGCUUCAAGAUGCUGUCAUGGUGAGCUCUUCUUGGAGGAUAUACAGACUGAUGAAGAUAAAUUGAACAGCAGUCUUCUGUCUUCUGAAUCCACGUUUAUGCCCGUGACUACUGCAAUGUCACCUCUUUCACCUUCCCAUGAUUUGAGGCUUCCUACAGAUGGUCUUACUCCCAGUGAUACCUCAGCACCACUGCAUUUGGAAACUGGAGAUGACCAUGAAGAUAGUGAUGACCAAAAACAUCUGAAGGCAGCAAGGACAGAAGAUCAUGAAUCAUGGGUGGGAAGAUCUUGCGAGAGAAGCAAAGUAGAGAGUGGCAAGAUGUUACUUGCAUCCAGUCCAAUGCAAUCUUCUGUGACCUUCACUUUAAGUGAAAGCGAAAACCCAAUGUCAGUUGAAUUAACAAAGGAGCAACGUUUUCCAGACAACAAAUUGUCAAGUCAGGUGCAAGUGGAAACCAUGCAGGAGAUGAUAGAAGAGGACACAAAGCCAAAUAAAUCUGAUAUGUCUAAAGCAACUGAGGCAACCCCAGAUUAUAUGAAUAAAGCAGCUGUAAGGAUUCAAGCAUGCUGGCGUGGAUUCUACACUAGGAACUGGAAUCCACGAGCAAAGGAAAUACGUUGUGAAAUCCGACUACGUAGGAUGCAAGAACAUGUGGAAUACUUAACUGAAGAAGUAUUCAGAUGGAGGAAAGAGUGUGAACAAGAGCGUAUUCAAAGAAUGGUACAAGAAGAAGCUGUAAAGUUCUUAUGGAACGAGGUUCGGAGCCUCCAGGAGUGGCGAUUAUCAAUGAUCCAGAAACAAAAUGAAGUUCUACACCCUGACACAAAGGACCCCAUUUUUCUGCAACCUAAGUUUGUUCAUCCUCCUAUAUGCACACCCUUAAAUAAUCAUAAAAGCCUUUCGUCCAGACAAAAUACUAGCUUGGAGAUUUCAGUGCAAGAAUUUCCUGACUCAGGAUUUCAGUCUUCAGACAUCACCCACAAUUGUCUUCAAGAUUCUCUGAAUUCUUGUCAGAGUUCCUCAGAUGGGAGCACAAGCACAGUUUUAGAAGCCAACUCUGAAUUUAAAAAAAUAGACAAUGAACGUUUAAUAAAUGGUCCUGCAGAGCCAACCAGUCUAGAUUCCAUAGACACAAAAUGGAAUCAGGAGAACUCCCAUAAUGAACAGGACAGCAGCCUUAUACAGCAAUAUCUCAAUUCUGUAAGGCAGCUGGAGGCUGCUGAAGAGGAAUCAAAUUGUAGUGGGAGAACAGAAUACAGUAGUAGGAUUGAUCAUGAUUCCCUCAGUGGUGCCUCGGUUGAAGUGUCUGAAGAUGACUGCACAGAAAUUCCAGAUUACCUCUGCCAAACAGAGGAAUGUGUCAGUGAUGGACAAGAUCAAGACCAUAAGUGAAUCUCUAAGCAGCAUCAAUUUGAUAUAAAUAACUUAAUCCAUGACCAUUUUACAGUAAUGCUAAUAAGCCCGUAUUUAAGUGAAAGCAAUACUAAGAAGGUCUAAAUUUGUCUAAGGUGCUGGAAAAAUAUUGGAUUCAAUACCUGUUCUUCCAAAGAAAUUGUGCAAGUAAAAUGUAAUUAUGCUAAUUAAUGUGUUAAUUUAUUUAGUUUCUCCUGUCAGCAUUUCAACUAGGAUUGAAUUGCAUACUGUGUACAGUUCCAGUUAUUCUCUGAUUGUUAUUCUGAUGAGGAUGUUUUACGUUAUAGUUUGGUCCAGUUAUCCAUGACACUUGGUUCAUGAUACUUGGUAUAAGUAGGUCUACAUCUUCCUUUCAACAUGAUGGUAUGACUGAGAUAAUUAAAUUUCUGCAUCUUAUUCAGAAGGUGUGAAAUUUUAUUGUGUUCAAUGGCAAAAAUCUGAAGCUGUUAUCAAGAAAGCUUUCUUAUUUAUUUUUAUGUAUAGUGUGGAUUAGGAUGAUAAUUUGAUCUUAAAUGUGCAGGUCUAUUUGUUAUUGACCUAUAUUUAAGUUUAAGACUGAAGAAAGUGUUUCUUGUGUCCCUUUAUUUGAUUUUUAUUUUGUAAGCAAAAAUGAAAUGACAAAUAUAUAUGGUAAUAUCAGAACAAAAUUGAUAAAUGCAUUAUUAUCUGUCUCCUUGCUGUUUAUUUAAGGUUAUGGAAAAUAACUGAACACUAAAGUGCAUGUAAGUUUGCUCAGAAAAAUAUACAUUUUACAAUAGCAAUUAAAAAAAAAACCAAUCCAGACUAUUCUCAAUGUUUGAUUUUAAUUAUAUUUAUGGUUUUUCUGAUUAUCAGUGGCAAUUCUUACUGUCAAAUGUGCAAAAUAAAUACUUUUUAACCCUUCCAUUUUCUUGCUUCUAAAUGAAACAGAUCUAAUCAGGAAAAUUAAGUGAUUUGAAUGCAACCUUAAUCAAUACUAAUAUUGACAAUGGUGAUAUGAGUAACGAUAUAAUGAGGAAGAAAGUUACUAACUAUACAAGGAUGGGGAAGAUGUUAAGUGAAUCCUCCAAAUGUAUAAAAUGUAUAACACUGUGGAAUGUGCAAAGGUUACUUAUAAGUUAGGAAUCAUGAAGUAUUCCAAAUCUUACAUGUGAAAGUACUGGGUCCUUUUAUAGGUCUAACCCAAAGAGGAUUGCAUCCAAGACAAGAUUAGAUAAAAAGCACAACAUUCUGGAUUGUACAAAAGUGAAAAUCCAAAUUAUUUCUUCUUACCUACUUAACAAUGUGAUCAUUGAAUUCUGAAAGUUCUUUCUCUCAAGUUGGCAUUUUUGUAACAUUAAAAUUACCAUUUUUUUUCCCCCUUUUCAAAAUUUGCAUAAACUGUAAUACCUUGUAUACAAUAGUGUUUUCUUUUGUGCAUUAAAUAAUCAUUCCAAAUGGUUUGCUUCAUUGAUCAAAUUAUCAUUGAUCCUGUAAGUUGUUGAAUUUUAGAUGUAUAAUAAUAAAUCUUUAUCCUGAUGGGCA